CACAGUGAGCCUACCUACACCAAGCCUACUCACAGCGAGCCGUCUCACUCCAAGCCUACCUACACCAAGCCUACCUACACCAAGCCCACUCACAGUGAGCCGUCUCACUCCAAGCAUACCUACACAAAGCCCACUCACAGCGAGCCGUCUCACUCCAAGCCUAUCUACAUAAAGCCCACUCACAGUGAGCCACCACACAGUGAGCCUACCUACACCAAGCCUACCUACACCAAGCCCACUCACAGUGAGCCACCACACACUGAGCCUACCUACUCUAAGCCUACCCACAGCGAGCCGUCUCACUCUAAGCCUACCUACACCAAGCCUACCCACACUGAGCCACCACACACUGAGCCUACCUACACCAAGCCUACCCACACUGAGCCACCACACACUGAGCCUGAGUCUGAGCCCAAGCCCAAGCCAACCCUCAUCUCAAAAACCUUGACCUCCGGCACCCAGACUAUUACUGUGCCAGUUACCGAGACCAACACUGUCACUCGCACUGUCGUGACUGUGGUCCCUAUUGGUACUGGCACCCCUACCAACCCCCCUCCUGUUGAAUCAGAGGGUUCUUCUCCUUCUCCUACUUCUAAGAGUACCCCGGAGACAACUCCGGAGACAACUCCGGAGACAACCCCUGCGACGACUCCUGAGAGCACUCCUGAAACCACUCCUGAGAGCACUCCCGAAUCUACUCCUGCUGAGUCGGGUGGCUCUACCCCUGCUCCUACUACGUCCGAGUCUACCAGCCCACCAGUCUUCACUGGUGCUGCCUCGACCAUCCACCAGCAGCCCGUUGCCGGACUUAUGGUAGCUGCUUUAGGAGCUUUCGCUCUCCUAUAA